GCACCGCUUGACUUGAUCCCCGACGACACCACGGCUGCCAACAACAUGACGAUGAUGACCUGCUCGUUCUGGGCAGUCGCCCUGGUGGCCUUGGUGGCCCUGGCCCCCGUGGCCAUUCGGGCUGAUUGCCCGGGUACCCCCAAUCUUCGCCCAAUUUACUCCAGCGAUCCCGUGCUGGUCAAGUCGAUCGAGAACGCUUCGCUGUACCAUGUUGGUACCGGUGAGAAUGGCACCACUUUGCGAGUCCUGCACCUGUACGGCAGCCCCUACGCCAUGGGUUAUGCUCAAGGCCAGCUGCUUGCCGAUGACAUCAAGACCAUGGUUGCUGCUUUCUUUGAGUACCUGGAUGACACCAUUGCCCCCUACAUCAACUGGCUGCCUCAGGAUGUGCAAAAGAUCAUUUUGGAGGAUGGUCCUGCCGCCGCCCUUCAGUUUGAGGUCGACCUGACCAUGCCUUACAUCUCCCAAUACUUUCUUGAUGAGAUCCGUGGUCUGGCCGACGGUUGCAACUGCGGCAUUGAUUACAAGACGGUCCUGCAGGUGCAUCUCUUCCCUGAACUCAUCAAGGCCUCGUGCAGCAUGUUUGGUGCUUGGGGCCCCGCCAUCGCCAACGUCUCUGGCACCGUCAACCAGCUGCGUGCCCUCGACUGGGGUCUUGACAACCCGCUGGUGAACUACAGCCUCGUUGCCGUCUACCAUCCGGAAGAAGGUUUGGGCCACCCUUUUGCUAGUGUGACCUUCAACGGCUUUAUUGGCUCCAUCACUUCCUACGGUGGUCUGGUUGGCAUGUCCGAGAAGGUCUGGCUGUCCUACAACGAGUCUGCGAGCCGUGCGGGUGUGCCGUUCCAUUUCCUGAUGCGUGACGCAGCCCAGUUUGAUCGUACCAUCGAUGACACGUUGAACCGCAUCUACAACAGCAAGCGCACCUGCUCUGUACACUUGGGCGUGGGCAGCAGUCUGGACAAGCAGUUCCGUGCUGUGGAAUACUCGCACGAGGAGGUCCUGGUGUACGAUGACAAGAACUAUCCCUCCUACCUCCCUGCGCACCCGCUCUUCGAUGGCCUGGUUUUCAUCAACAAGCACGUCCAGCCCUCCUCAGACACGUGCAUGGGCUCGCUGAUGACAAAGUAUUAUGGUAGCCUCGACGCCGAGACCACCAUCCGCAAUGUUCUUGGCAACACGGCCUCGGGCGACAUGCAUGCUGCCUUUUAUGACUAUGGCAACAACGUUAUCCACGUAUCCGUGGCCGGUCUGCCCGUAGCCAACGAUGGCAACGGCACCGUCAUUGAUGGUCCCAUGGCUCCCGCCCAUGCUCGCCCUUGGUUCCGCCUGGACAUGGAGAAGCUUUUUGCCCAGACCCAAGCCCAGUAAAGUGUGAUAGCGAGGAAAACAGGCUCAUCAAGUUGGGCGAGAGAAACAGCCCAGCUAAUGUGAUUGAUCUGUGCUACCCGUGCUCAGCGAGUUUGUUGCGUGUUUUCGUUUUUCUUUUUCCUUGCUCUGCUUCUUUGCUUUUUGAUAGGUUUGAUUGCGGUGCUAAUUCCCUUUCUCUUUCGCGGUGUGAGCGAGCCUUGUUGCCUCUCGAAUCCUGUCAAUUGAUCGUGUGCCCGC